GUCCUCUCUCUCUCUCUCUCCAGUGGUGGGUCUUGAUAUCCAGGACGAGAUGGGUCGUCAUGAGGUGGGGCACGUAGACAACUCCAUGAAGGUUCCUCUCAACCACGGAUAUGGCUGUCGCUUCGAGGGAGAGUUCACUAUUAACAAAGUACCAGGUAACUUCCACGUGUCGACCCACAGCGCCACAGCCCAGCCACAGAGCCCUGACAUGACACACCUCAUACACAAACUGGCCUUCGGGGAGAAACUACAGGUGCAGAAUGUCCAAGGAGCCUUUAAUGCGUUGGGAGGAGCUGACAGGAUGGGCUCCAACCCUCUGGCAUCUCAUGACUACAUCCUAAAGAUUGUCCCGACAGUCUAUGAAGACCUGAGUGGAAAACAGAGGUUCUCCUACCAGUAUACUGUAGCCAACAAGGAGUAUGUAGCCUAUAGCCACACAGGAAGGAUUAUCCCAGCUAUCUGGUACCGUUAUGACCUCAGUCCAAUCACAGUCAAGUACACAGAGAAGAGACAACCCCUCUACCGGUUCAUAACUACGAUCUGUGCUAUCAUCGGGGGGACGUUCACGGUAGCAGGCAUCAUAGACUCCUGUAUAUUCACAGCCUCCGAGGCUUGGAAGAAGAUCCAGAUAGGAAAGAUGUCCUGAGGACAUUUCACUACGCUGUCCUGAGCACGCAUCACUACGUAUCACUACGCCCCUCAUAAAACAUAUUUAUAACAUCGGAAGGGUGUAUUUCAAUCAUCUACAGGAUUCCUCUCCUUUACCUGCUUCCUCUCCUUCACCUGCUUCCUCUCCUUCACCUGCUUCCUCUCCUUUACCUGCUUCCUCUCCUUCACCUGCUUCCUCUCAUUCACCUGAUUCCUCUCCUUCACCUGAUUCCUCUCCUUCACCUGAUUCCUCUCCUUCACCUGAUUCCUCUCCUUCACCUGAUUCCUCUCCUUCACCUGAUUCCUCUCCUUCACCUGAUUCCUCUCCUUCACCUGAUUCCUCUCCUUUACCUGAUUCCUCUCCUUCACCUGCUUCCUCUCCUUCACCUGCCUCCUCUCCUUCACCUGCUUGAAUAAUAAUAAUACCAUUUAGCUGCCGGUUGUUUCCUAAGCGACUUAGUCAUGUUACACAUUUUUCUUUAUGGGUGGCCCCAGCGGGAAUCGAACCCAAGUGCCAUGCUCUACCCACUGAGCCUUACAUUCCUUCAUCUGUCAGAGCAGAGGAAGGAAAGGAGACGAGGAAGCGACUCUAGACUAUUGAGAUGCACCCAGAGACUAGCAGUAUAUUUCCCCAUAUGACAACAGGAUGGAUGGUUAACUGAUUGUUUUUCAUAUGAACCUGUGCAGUCACUUGGGCAUGUCCAAAUGGCACCAUUUUACCCUUUAUAGUGCACUUCUUUUGGAGCCUCAUAAAUAGUGCACUUCUUUUGGAGCCUCAAAUAGUGCACUAUGAAUUAAAUAGGGUGGUAGAAUGAAUUAAUUUGUCAUCAAAUUUUCUCUCCUGUUACUUUCAAAUGUUUUUUUUUUUUACAUAUUAUUUUGUACUUUGUGACAUGAAGUGAAUAUAAACUCUUUCAGGUGUAAAAUACCACACUGUAACAUAACAUACUGUAUUUAUGAUUGAAUUGUGGAAUGAAUCAUACUGUCACAUCAAGCCAUUGGAAAUAUAUAAUGAAUCAAUUGUGCCUUAGGUCUUUUUUAAAGCCCAUGUCAUACAGUAUGUCUCCCAAAUCAAGUGUUUUCAGCUUUCUGGAUCGUUUGGUUUUUCAUUUCAGUGUUGACUGAACCAGGGUUUUCUUAUUGUCAUUUCAUAAUGCUGAAUCUAUUACGGUAUUGACUGAAUAAUGGACCGGUUCUAGAACUGGUCUUGGUUCUAGAACUGGUCUUGGUUCUUGAACUGGUCUUGGUUCUAGAACUGGUCUUGGUUCUAGAACUGGUCUUGGUUCUUGAACUGGUCUUGGUUCUAGAACUGGUCUUGGUUCUAGAACUGGUCUUGGUUCUAGAACUGGUCUUGGUUCUUGAACUGGUCUUGGUUCUUGAACUGGUCUUGGUUCUAGAACUGGUCUUGGUUCUAGAACUGGUCUUGGUUCUAGAACUACAACGUGGUCAAUGCUUACUGCCUUGCCCCGCCCUCUCUCCUUUUUAUAGAAAGUUUCCUGAAUCCAUUGUGACUGACUGUGCUAUCUGUUCAAUGUCCUUGUGUCCAAUCCAUUUAUGAAGUUGUUUUUGGUUUGAUCUACUUUCUGAAAACGUUCAAAAGGAUUUGGACGUCUUUAUUUUGUUGCCAAAAAGAGAAAAGUAAUAGUAUUUUCUUAGUUUCUUCUGUUUUACUGAAUGUAAACGUGUGUAUUCUUUUGAUUGUAAUUGAUAACAAUCGGUAUUAUCCGUUUGAUGUUGUUACGGGGUUUCUGUGGGAAGGGAGGGAACUGUUUAGUUAUAAGGGCUAUAUCCCAAAUGUUACCCUAUUGCCAUUGUAGUGCAUGACUUGUAGAUCAGGGCCCAUAGGGCUAUCAUCAAAAGUAGUGCACUACACAGGGAAUAGGGUGGCCGUCAUUAUGUUCUUUAUCAAUGGUCUCAUCACUACCAUGACAACUAAGAUGAAGUCCAUUGAUAAAUACAAGUCUUUAGAACUGCUAUUAUUGGACUAGGUCAGACAUUUUCCUGUCAUGAAAGAUGAUGUGUGAUCAAUGCAACAACCAGUAAAGUUACUUUAGCAACCA